AUGCCUUACAUCCUUGAAUUCAAGAAAGUAACUUUACACGGAUUGACAUACGAUACGUUUAGUGACGAGCCAGCGUCUGGUGUGGCUAAGGCGUUGGUUGUCAACACUGUUGGCUGGCCCACCACACGAUCGCAAGCAUGUGAUAUUAGUUUCCGUUCGGCUGCCCCGUCAGUUCUGCAGCUGCACUUCUCUGCACGUGAAGUUUCCCUGGAUCUUGAACAUUUUCAAGAAUUAAUGGCGAGACUAAAACCCUCUGGCUAA